AUGAUUGACUUUUUUGAAAUAGGCCGUCAUUCGAAAUCGAAAUCAGCAGGAACAUCAUCAUCGCCGCCUAUUAACGAUCUGUCAUCAGCAACUUCUUCUUCGUCGUCAUCAUUAUUAUCCAAUAGCUGUUCAUCAUCUAUUGAACCUAGAAAAAAGACUCGUUCCUAUAGACUAGCUUCCCCUACUCAAACUGCACAAAACCCUCCUAUAUCUGAUGAUUCAUUAUCGGAAAAAAGUGAACGUUUAUUGAAAAAGAAACGCCCACAUUCAUCAUAUACGGCAAUUGGAGCAACAGAAGAUUCAUCACAACAUGAAUCAUUACGAUCGAUACCACCAUCAGUUUAUCUAAUUGAAUUAAAAAAUAAUACUCGUCCAACGAAUUCAUUUGGAUUAACAAAAACAAUUACUUACGUCUGGAAAAGUAGUUCAUCAAAAAAAGACGAUGAACGCUUAUAUACAUAUCCAAAAUAUACUGUUGAACAAGUAUCACCUAUGAUCGAUCAAGAUCGACGUUCAAUACCAGUAUCAUCUCGUCAUAUUACAUUACAACGUGGUAAAAUAGAUUAUUGGGAAAAUAUGAGAGCAUCACCGGAUUCAGUUUUAACGUCAUCAUGUCAAAAUCAUAUUGGUUCAGCAUCAAAUUUACUUUCGCUUUCGUUCGAAAAUCAACCAAAAGAUGCUAGACAUAAUACGAAUGCAAUUGGACAUGUUAUAUCGGUAACAACAACGAAACGUCGUCAACCAUCGUUAUUAAAUCAAACUCAAAAUUCACAAUGGAAUAUUGAAGGUGAUGGCAAACAACUUCGAUAUUCCAAUCUGAAAUGGUAUAGUGUAGAUCAAUUACAAAAAGAUAAUCGACAUACAACCAAACAACGAAUAAAACGAAAAUAUCAACAGGAACUCCUACACACUUCCGAUAGUGCAACCGAUACAGGAUCAUCAAGUGAUCAACAUAAUCGAUCGGCACCACCCAUUCUUCAACGCACAACUAACACAAAUGUAACGAAUCAAAAUCAUGAAGGUAUGAUAAAAAGAAAAAAAACUUGA